GACGAAAUUUCCCAAGGGAGAGAAUCGGACGUCAGCCCAACUCUACUCAAAUACACUUGAAGAAUCAAACCCACCCUUUAAAAUCCGACGACUCCCCCUCCUUCCCCUCCGUCUUCCAUUAUCGCCGACGCAAGUCCGAGUCAUCCUGCCGGCCGAUUCUCCGCCAUGGCCAUAGCUGCCGACCACAAGUCUCCGUCCGACGGAAAAUCCUGGAACUUCUUCAAGCUACCGUUUCUUCACUCUGCCUCUGGGAAUAAUAGCACCAAUACGACGUCUUCGUCGUCUUCGUACAACGCUCAUCACCAGAAUAAUCACAGACAUGAUGAUAACAGUAAUGAAAUCCAUAAUAAUCAUCCACUUGUGGAGGGAUCGAACCCUCCUCACGCCUCAAACUCGGUAUCUUCUGUUGCGAGGUCGCUCCUCCCGGCCCGGCGUCGGCUCAAGCUCGAUCCGUCUAAUAAGCUCUACUUUCCCUAUGAACCUGGCAAACAGGUAAGGAGUGCGGUUAGGAUUAAAAAUACGAGCAAAUCCCAUGUAGCUUUUAAGUUCCAAACUACUGCACCAAAGAGCUGUUUCAUGCGUCCUCCUGGGGCUAUUCUCGCUCCUGGAGAGAGUCUCAUAGCAACUGUGUUCAAGUUUGUGGAGCUGCCAGAGAACAAUGAAAAACCAGAUAAGAGCAAGCUUAAGUUCAAAAUAAUGAGCCUCAAGGUCAGAGGAGUAACAGACUACGUACCUGAGCUGUUUGAUGAGCAGAAGGACCAAGUGGCAGUGGAGCAGAUAUUGCGAGUUGUUUUUCUAGAUCCUGGGCGUCCUAACCCUGCCAUGGAAAAAUUGAAGAGGCAAUUGGCUGAAGCUGAGGCUGCACUUGAGGCUCGUAAGAAACCUCCAGAAGAUGCCGGUCCAAGGAUUAUUGGGGAAGGUCUUGUGAUUGAUGAAUGGAAAGAGCGGAGGGAAAGAUACCUUGCCCGACAGCAGGUUGAAGCGGUAGACUCUGUAUAGAGUGGUGCUUGCGUGUUGUUUGGCGUCUACUUAGUUUAGAAUUGAGUUUUCUGUUAAGUAUUGUGUUUCAAUCCCACUAAAUGUAUCUUGUAAUGAGAAGGGUCUUUGUAUUCAUAGAAUGAUUAGUAAACUCCCAACUUCUUUUGGUGAAAGAAAGACUCGCGAGGUGAAUCUCCUACACUUUUGAGGGACUCAAUGGUCAGCCAUAUGGCACCUGAUUCUGGAUA